CUACUAUCGAGAUACACCCACACACGUGUAUACGGGCGUGAGGGUGUGCACGCCUAUGUGAGACCCGUCGCAGCCUAUACCUUCACGAUGCGACUCUACAUCUCUCUCCUCCUCUUGGUGGGGAUCAUCGUCUCCUACGCCGCAGCCUCCGCGCCGACUUUCUGCAAAUGCACCUGCUUCAAGAAUAGUACCCUCAUCCAGCUCGGUCCCCAAGGCGAUGCCCCUUCGUCCUUCGCCAGCGCCAUCCCCGGCUCGGCCUCCAGCCCCCGCGCCGAGGGUCCGCCGCCGCUACGUUCGCUCUCUCUAGGGAAGCGCGCCGCCUCCGCGUCCUGCACCCAAUGCACGCGAGCCUUCUGCCUAUCGCAGCACCUUCCCAUCUGCAAGGACGCCGAGGAGAACGACGUGGUCGCGAUGUGCUUCCAGCGCGACAGCCGCAAAGACCAGGUCAUUGUUUGGGGCUUCAUUCUCGGCACCACCGGUCUGCUGGGAUGGGCUGCCGCCAAGAGGGUCAUCGAGAUGCGCGACGGCAGGAAGGGUACCUCGGCCGUCAGAGGCGCGACGAGACCAGGGGCUCCCUUGGGUAGACGUGGAUACUUGCCGAUUGGCCGUAAUGGCGCCUAAAGGGACCCGGGUAGACGCGGGCACGGGAUACGGAAUCACUUUGGAGCGGGGACACUGGGGCCGCAAAUGGCGUUAAGGUCGGGUAUCCUUGAAUCUCGAAAUCGAUCUAUAUUUUCAGCUCCCGGGUUCUAAGAGUUUUAUUUCCCACGUAGAUUUCUAGACCGUGGUGGGUACACGCAGGAACUCGCCCCAUAUGAAGGCGGACUUUUAAGAUCACAACCAAACGCCACGAAUCCCCGCUUCUUGUUCUACCUCGUCUCUCCUUUUUUUUGACCCCCCUCCCCUCCCCCGAUGCUAACCCCUAUGGCUACCCGCGGAUCGAAAGGAACCUCGGACGCCAUACGCCUACAGCACCGCGUUACCCUUGCCUACGGGCUCAGGUGCUGCUUUUCUACCUCCCAACGCCU